UUGUGCAAAAAAUGAAGCAAGCUCCCGUUAAUCUUGCUACUUAUCUCCUGCUCUUUUUUGUUCUUCUUGCCAGUUCUCGUGUAUUGGUUGAUGGGCAAAAGUGUAAGCCAAGUGGUAAGAUUAAGGGAAAAAAUCCUCCAAAGGGUGAAUGCAACAAAAAUAAUGAUUCUGAGUGUUGCGAGGCAGGUAAGUAUUAUACUAUUUAUAAGUGCUCGCCUUCUGUAUCUAAGCAUACAAAGGCAACUUUAACUGUCAACAGCUUUGAGGAAGGUGGCGAAGGUGGUGCACCGUCGGAAUGUGAUAGAAAGUACCACGACGACGACACACCGGUGGUGGCAUUAUCAACUGGGUGGUUCAAUAACAAGAAGAGGUGUCACAAUUUCAUCAAAAUACAUGGAAAUGGAAGGAGCGUGAAGGCUAUGGUAGUAGAUGAGUGUGACUCAACCAUGGGAUGUGAUAAGGAUCAUGACUACCAGCCACCAUGUUCGAAUAAUAUCGUUGAUGCCUCUAAAGCAGUUUGGAAAGCUUUAGGUGUUAAAGAAAGUGAUGACAGAUAUGGAUUUAUGGAUGUCACCUGGUUUGAUGCUUGAUUUAACUUCCGUUAUUGUGUUCUUGUCUUCUGCUUCUUAUGAGAAUGCUUUCGUUUUCGACUGCCUUGAUAAGAUAGCUUAUUAGUAAAGGCAGUUUGGACUCUACACUGUCCUGUUAGAGGGUGAUGGUGUCAAUAAGACUCUGUGUGCAUUGUGUCAGGGUCAUAGAGUUUUAGGGAUCAAAACUAUAAUUUUUUAAUAUUAAAAUUUUCAGAAAAUAAUAAUGGAAUAAGUUAGUAGAAAUUAGUAGUAAGAAAAUGGUCGUGUCAUUUUCUUAUAAUUUUUAUUUAUUUAUUUAUUAAACGAGUGUCACCUCAGACAUAUUGAUGUCUCCUCCCACCAUAAUUUUACUUGUUCUUAAGGCUCUUUAGGGGUGUCACCUCAGACAUAUUGAUGUCUCCUCCCACCAUAGUUCUACUUGUUUUUAAGGCUCUUUAGGGGAGAGUGACUAGUUGGCCACCAAUAAGGGCUGGACCUGAUUGGCCAUCGUAAACUUGUUGAGUCCCUGGAUUGUGCCUUCUCUUCUGGCAGGCGUUCCCCCCUGUCUGCAAGUUGGGAAUGGAUCAUUGACAUGAUUGUGUAAUGACUAUUUUGCCACUGGAAUAAAAUAAGUAGCCCAUUCAAUAAAU